CAAAAAUGCAUUAGUUUCUUCAUCCCUCAAUUUUCAUAUUUCAUAAGUACUAAGCUUUGAAACAAAAAUAAAAGAAUUAAGAAGAAUGGGUUCCAAGGCAAUUAUGUUUCUUGGUCUUUUUUUGGCUAUUUUCUUAAUGAUAAGCUCUGAGGUUGCAGCUAGGGAGUUGGCAGCUGAGACUUCCAAUGCGGUAAACGUUGAUGGACAUUAUUAUGGAGGCGGCUAUGGUAAGGGCCAUGGAAAACCUAAGAAAUGUUAUAGUUGCUGCAAGAAAUACAAAUAUGGAUGCAAAAAAUACUGCUGCUCUUAUGAAGAAUAUGUGGCUGCCCAGACUCACAACUAAAUAAUUAAUUAUUAUUGUAAACUUUUGAAAUUAAGUGACAAGAUACUAAUAAUCUUGCUACUUAAGACCCUUUGCUUGUAACAAGUAUGAAUAAAGCCAUUCAUUUACAAUGAAUGGUUGGUCAUGAUGUAAUGUUUUGUUGUACAAUAUAUCAUAUUGUGUUAAAAAUGUUUCCCUAAUGUUAAGAUUUUCUUCUUAUUUUUA